ACCAAAUGAAUCAAUCCGCUGCCGGGAACCAACAGUCGAUGAUAGUUCCUCCUGCUUUAUGACGGACACCCUGUCGCUGCUAUAGAUUGAAAUCAAUCUAUAAUCGAUAAAUAAUCGUGUUUAUGAUUGAUUGGUGUCGGGGGUCUGUUCUGCGUGGUGGUGUCACACGGUGUUUGACGGCUGGAGGAGGAGGAGGAGGAGGAUGAGGAGGAGCUAGCUGCGGCUACUGGAUGAGGAAGAGGUAACGGGAGCAUUUCUCACAUGAGGAGCUCAGCCCGGGCUCUGCUGCUUCCUCCUCAGGAGAAAACCAGACCAAACAUAAGAUUAUCCCAGCAGGGACGUACGUCCAAGAUUCAACAAUGGCUUUUUGAGACCGACAGAGUAUUUGCCCUCCUGGGACACACACACCACCCUUUCUCUUUUCCUAGGUUCCACUCCCUCUACUGCUGCCUGGAAUCAGUUGAUCCUCUUUACCACUCCCCCCCAUCACUGUCCUGUUACCUCCUCUGAGUCGUGGCUCGGGGCUGUAAAUCAGGAUGGUUGCAGAGGCAGACUCGGGCUCUCAGAGCAGCAGUCUGCGGCUGAAGCAGGAGAUUUCCCUCCUCCAUGGGGUCUGUCUUAUCGUGGGAAAUAUGAUUGGUUCUGGCAUCUUCGUCUCACCCAAGGGGGUUCUUCUAUAUACAGGCUCAUUUGGCCUGUCCCUGGUAGUGUGGGCCAUAGGAGGAAUAUUUUCUGUUUUUGGAGCGUUAUGCUACGCUGAGCUUGGAACCACUAUCCACAAAUCUGGAGCUUCCUACGCCUACAUCCUGGAGGCCUUUGGAGGCUUCUUAGCUUUUAUUCGACUGUGGACGUCAUUGUUGAUAGUGGAACCAGCCUGUCAGGCAGUGAUAGCCCUGACCUUCUCCAACUACCUAGUCCAGCCUUUUUACCCAUCAUGUUCAGCCCCCUACGUUGCUGUCCGUCUCAUCGCUGCUGCCAUUAUAUGUCUCUUGACUUGUGUGAACUGCAUGAAAGUGAAAUGGGGGGCUAUUCUUCAGGUCUUCUCCACCGUAGCCAAGGUUCUCGCUCUCAUCGUCAUCAUCAUCACUGGCAUGGUUAAGCUGGCACAGGGUUUUGAUCAGAACUUUGAGGACUCAUUCAAAGGGUCCAAGCUGAACCCUGGUGACAUGGCCUUGGCCCUUUAUUCAGCGCUAUACUCCUACUCAGGCUGGGACACACUCAACUUCAUCACAGAGGAAAUCAAGAACCCAAAGAGGAAUCUGCCCUUAUCCAUCGCUAUCUCCAUGCCGAUUGUAACAGUGAUCUACAUCUUGACCAACGUAGCUUAUUACGUCGUCAUGGAUGCAGACACAGUGCUCAACAGUGACGCUGUUGCCGUGACAUUUGCAGAUGAGGUGCUGGGCUGGGGUCGCUGGUUGAUCCCUCUGGCUGUGGCCAUUUCUUGCUACGGAGGUCUCAACUCCUCCAUCAUCGCUGCCUCCAGGUUGUUUUUUGUUGGUUCCAGAGAAGGCCACCUACCUAACGUCCUGUGUAUGAUUCAUAUUAAGCGUUUCACUCCAAUUCCUGCCCUGCUUUUCAAUGGUGGCAUGUCUCUGUUGUAUCUCUCUGUGCCUGACGUGUUCCAGUUGAUCAACUACUUCAGUUUUAACUAUUGGUUGUUCAUCGGCCUCUCAAUUGCCAGCCUGAUAUAUCUUCGCUUCACAGCUCCUGACCUGCCUCGACCUGUUAAGCUGUCUCUGUUCUUCCCGAUCGUUUACUGCCUGUGCAGCGUGUUCCUGGUGGUGGUGCCUCUCUACAGCGACACAGUCAACUCUCUGGUAGGAAUUGGUGUGGCGCUGUCCGGAGUACCAGUCUACUUCCUAUGCAUCCACCUGCCACCCUCCUCCAGACCAUCCUUCUUAAGAAAUAUACUUGACAGGAGCUCUCUGGUCACCCAAAAACUCUGCAUGUGUUGUGUGGUCUCCAGUGAUAUUGAUCUGGACAACCUUGACCCAGAAAAGAUCGAGUGACGGAGCGACAAAGUUCUCUAAAGGAACCACGUGGAAGGAAUGGGAGGAUCCGUGAAAGACAGAAGCUGCAGACAAUCAGAAUUUGGAUAUGUACGGUUGGAUCGAUUUUUUUUUUUAAAGUAAAAAAUGCACACAUUAGUUCAACACACCCGGACCCCUCCUCUCUCUCUCUCUCUCUUUCUCUCACUCUCUUUCACUCUCACUCUCUCAUGGCAUUGCCCAGAUUAACUCACUUAAGAGCACAUGCACAUGGUGGCACACAAUGCAGUGUCUGUUCUAUGAUUCCAUCCUCACGUGCUCCAACACUGCAACUCACAAGCACAUGAGCUGAAAAACCUACGGUGACACUGAAACACACAAGAAAUAAUAAUCCAGUCCAGAGGCUGGACUCAGGAGAGACGGCUGAGCGGAUUUAUUCAAUAAUAGGAGGAUGUUACAGACAAAACACAGGUGGGAUAAAAACAUUGUGUUCAUGCCUUGCAUGAACACAAUAAAAGUAAGAAGCCUUGUUAUAGAUGUAUAAUUAUGUACGUUUGAAGUUAAACUAACGCCCGACAGACAGACGAUGGCGACAAUUUUGCACAUUUUCUCUUUAUGUUGUCUUAUAAUUACCGUGUUUAUAGAAAGCUUUAUUCUCAUCUUUGAACCGACUAUAGGACCAAAUGAACAGGUGUCAAGGUUUUGUAGGAAUUAGCAAAGAAAAUAGAUUAAUGACAAAAGUGCUGUUAUUUCUGUCAGUUAGUUUAAGCCAGGUGUAUUGUGUCUGUUGACUCAUGGUUUUAUUUAAAGAGGGGUAAUCCUACAUGAUCAUAGCUCUGUCAACACCAACGUCCUUCCUGUGAAAUCUUUUUUCUCUUCGGCAAAAUCCUUUUGUUUGAAUCUUCAGGGCUGUGUCUGAUGUCUGGGGCCUCCUAGUGGCCUCAAGCAGCAAUGUCCCAGGGGUCACUCAUGAGUUUACAUUGGUUGUGUGUAUGUUACUCCUGUCGUUUAUCACCUCAUUCUCUCAAGUGUAACUGAAAUCAAAUGGGCUUUAAAAGUCGAAGCUCGCGUGAACUGAUGGAUUGUGUGUUUUCUCCAUGGGGACGUCUGUGUAGAUCCAAACCUCAAGAUCGACCAUGCUGAUGUGCACACGCUGUCGCGGAUUUUUAUUCUUACUCGCUCUUGUCUUAAGGAUUAGUAUUACAGUUAGGAUAUUUAACCCAAUAUUGUCUAGAUCACCAACUUGGACCAAUUAUUCCACGGUACGUAACUAAAAGUCUGUUGAGCCUGUAGCAAAGUGUCAUUCGGUUCGAGUGAGAACUUCAUAAAUUUAGUUUGAGCCACAGGAAGACACCAGCUGAACUUUGGUGGUAGCGUUGUUCUCUAAUCCUUUGUGACUGUACGUGCCUUCUGUGAACGUGGUCAGAAAAAGGCCUGCUCUGCUUUUGAUAUCGUAAUGUACUUAACCGUGAGCACAGUCAUUCUGACACACGUUGCUGUAGGAGUUGCCAAACGUUCCUCAGGAUAUUUGUUUUCCUGUUUUCAGCCCAAGUGGCUUCUUGAACCAGAUGUUGUCGUUGAGGUCAGUGAACCUUCAGCUGGAAAUAAUCAGGGCUCAGCUUAAUUUAGUGUAGUGUCUUCUCAUAAGCACCUUCAUAACACCAGCCAACAGAAGAACACGUGUAUAUCUGUAAUGUUGCUUCUCUGGAGUCAAUAUGUAAACCAAACCAGCCAGUUGUGUGUGUGUGUGUGUGUGUGUGUGUGUGUUUGUCAUUGGCCAUAUAUCUGGAGUAAAGAGUAUUUCCAUGUAUCAUGUUAUGAACUGUUCUAUAUACACAAAUUUGUCUAUUUGGUCAGGUUAAUUUCUGUGCUUGAUUGUUUUUAUUUAUUAUAUUCUUGACCUUAAUAUAAAACAAGAAACCGAGGUACUAAUGUGACGUAUGUUUUUAUCUGAAUAAAGACACAGAAUGUGGA